AUGAUUUCAUCGAGACGCCGCGCGCUCGCGCUCGCGCUCGCGUGCGCGUGCGCGCUCGCGUCGACCGCGAGUGCGUCGUCGGUGCCGUCGACGACGCGGCCGAGGGCGUUGCGAGGGUCGUUCAAGGGGACGUGGAUCGUCGAGGACGACGCGAGCGCGAGGCGGAUGACGCGAGACGGGUGGACGAGAGGCGAGGCGACGCUGCGUUUGCGCGCGUCCGAUGGAGGCGAGAGCGACGUGGUGAGCGUGGUGGGGGAGUUGGUGAUUCGCAAGGAUGAGUACGUGGGGACGGGAGACGCUAUGAUACCGCUGGAGGGGGUGUACGAGAGGAGAAGCGGGACGGCGCACGCGCACGGGAGCGCUCGGACGACGAAAGAUUUCGAGACGAUAACGAACGCGACGUCUUCGUGGAUGUUUCGGGAGGGUAAUGUGUUUAGGGAGAGUUUACGGGCAAUCGCGAUGGAUCUCGUGGAUGAGGAUGGAGAGGAGGACAAUGCAGGCGACGGCGGAGCACGUGAUUCGUACUCGCGGGACGACGCGGUGCGAAGAGCGGGAAAGACUGCGAGGGAGCGCUUCUUGCGAACGCACGACGCUGGAACGUAUCCGAGUGCAUGUAAGUUUUCGUUACACGCGUACUUGGAUCCGAUCGAUCCAUCGAGUCAGAGCGGUGACGUGGCAAAGAAGCUCGGAGACGACGAAUUGGAGAAGGGCGAGUCGGAUGUGGACGUGUUGGAUAGGCAAAUCGAGGACGCGCGUCCGCUCGAGUUCGAGGAGAUGGAGGAGCAUGUUUCUAUGGUUGCUAAGCUCGUGAGCGUUGACUGCGGGAUCACGGUGCACAUGGAGUUGGAAAGUGAAAAAUUAGAGACGUGGUACAGAAAGGCGCGAUUGUACUCGUAUACGAUGAUGGCGGUGACAAUUUUGCAAGGAUACGUGUUACUCAAACAGCUGGACGUGAGUACGACGCAAGCAGCGCUCAUGCGCGUUUCGUUGGCGUCGAUUGGCAUGCGUUCUGUCGUGGAUUCGUACUUCUGCCUCGCCCAUCUCACCGCGGGCAUUGUUGUGGAAGACCUGUUCCUUCCUCUCUCGAUCGUCGCCGCCGGAUACUUCAUCCUCUUCAGCAUUUUAGAGAUGAAGCACCUCAUCGCCGCUUGGCGCGUACGUCGACCGGAUAUAACAAGCUGGAUCGAGCUUCGCGUUCAACUCGGCGCGAUUUACUCGCGGUUUUACGCCGGAUUCAUCGGAGGAUUAUUCCUGGCGUUUUGGCUCUCCAAUCACUUCAUCGUCUUCUUAUUGAUUACAAUCUCGUAUUGGCUUCCACAAAUCUGGCGUAACGCGUAUUACAACCAUCGGCAGGCGUUGGAGCCGUGGUACGUGAUUCUGACAUCUUUCAGUCGGAUUGUGGUGCCGCUGUACGUCUACGGAUGUCCGUCCAACUUCUUACGCGUCAGACCAAACUAUUUCUACUGCGCGCUCAUCAUCGUGUGGACCACGGCACAGUGCGGGGUCUUGCUCGCGCAGUAUUAUGUGAGCCCGCGAUACGGCUUUCCAGAUGGAUUGUUCCCAGAGGUUUACGACUAUCAUCGCGCGCUCACCGCGGAAGUCUUGGAGCAAUGCGGGAUCGUAGAGGAAGCCGCCGUCCCUCCCGGUGGGGAGCCAGACAUCGAGAUGGGCGACGUCUCCUCUGGCGUCGACUGCGUCAUUUGCAUGAAUUCGGUGCAGAUCUACCACACGAACGAGCGCAUGGUGACUCCGUGUAACCACUUUUUCCACACAAAAUGCCUGACGCGAUGGAUGGACAUCAAGCAGGAGUGUCCGACAUGCCGCAGGCAUUUGCCGCCGAUGUAG